UGUGUUUGUUUGGGGGAGGGACUCCAUCAUUUAGAGAAGUGAGAAGUUCCUGGUUUGCCAGUGAAGAAGGAAGAGAGGCCGAAUUAAACCAUCAGAGCCUCAACAUGAAAGUUCAUCACACUUUGAUCUGCUUCUUCUUCCUCACACUGCAGGAUGGAAACAUUGGUCUCAUCAAUGCAGAAAUCCCCAUUUUUACAAGAACUGAAGGACAAAGUAUCAGAGUUAUAUGUCCCUUUACCAACACUGGAGAAAGGACAUACUUCUGUAAGGACGAAUGUGAAGAAGACAUUCUUGAAAUGUAUGAUGUCAGAGCUCAAAGAGGCAGAUACAUCAUGGAAUAUAAAAACACACAUGCAGGAAGUCAUCUGCAUGUGACCAUCACACAGCUGACCAAAUCUGACUCAGGCCAUUACAGAUGUGGUUUGGAUGUAUCUUUGGCAAUAGAUCCAUACGGGGAGUUUAAGAUCAUCGUCACAGAUGCUCCAUCCAUUUCAAAACCAAAAGUGACUCUCAGACCUUCUUUAACAUCAGUCCAAUCAGCCUCCACACCAACAACAACACAGAGUUUCAGAAGAAGCUCCACUGAAACCACCAACCAGUCUGAACAGCAGCAAAAUGAGACAACAACAACUGGAGGUUCAGGUGUGCUGCUGUACGUGGGUCUGACUCUGCUCCUGUUCUCCGUGGCUGUGCUGAUAUUCUGCAAGAAAAGAGCCUCUAAACCCAAAGAACAUCCUGUGGAAAUAGAGCAUGCUAAUGUCACACAGGCCAAACGAGUAUACGAGGAGACCAGAGAGGACGGCAGACAGAACAGAUCUCCUCCUGUGGAAAUCUCUUCAAUUUACACUGUCGCAAUUUACAAGCCAAAUGGAGUCAAAACCUCAAAUGACUACAGCUUCGCCGCUGCCACAGCAUCCCGUCCUCUGAACAAAACUGAAGACGACUGGAGUGAACUCGUCUACACUCGGUGCCGCCGCCUCACCCAGCAGCGCGCCCCGUGGUCAUGCCGAUAAAGUUGUCUACUCUGCGCCUCAGAUACACACUGAGAUGGGCACUGAUGCCAAAGAUGUUUCACAGCCUCUGUACUCAACUGCACCUAUAAUCAGCUAGCAGUCAUACUUUGUUUAUUAAUAAAGUUCAGAAAGAAAACUCUGUCAAGUCAAAUAAAACCAAAAUUAUCCGCAUGAGUAGAUUCCAGGAGUCAAAGGUGGUGUUUUAGUUGUUUGGGUGAACUGAAAUUAUUUUGGUUAAAUGAACAGCAGGAUAUUUCAGUUAUGGUUAAAAUGGUUUGAAAAAGGUUUUCAAAUGUUGUAAGGCAACACCAAACAGCUAAAACUGCUGGUAAAUAAGUAAAAAUAUAUCAACAUGGUUUAACAAUGCUAACUGUAAGAACAAAUGUUUCUAUAAGCUCUUCUGUUUAUUGCAUCUAGUUAGGCUUCGUUCAGACUGACAUUAGUACCGGGGGUGCAAAGCAAGUAUCGUGAACACAGUGUUUGUAAGGUUUUAGCAAUUCAGCUUUAGAGUAACAUUGUUUUAAGAGGGUGUGUUAAUGAAAACAGUCUUGGGAUGUAUUCUGCAGUUAGAGAUGGUAUUUAAGUGAGUAAGUCUUCUUGGUUUCACCUGCAGCUGGGCCAAAAUGCAGCAGUGAGACUCUUCACUGUCUACCAAGAUGAGACACCACAUCUCCCUGAUACUGGCCUCACUCUACUGGUGAUCAGUGAAAUAUAAAUAGAUUUUAAGAAUCUUUUAUUUGUUUUUUAAAGCUAUGCAUGGUUUGACACCAGCCUACAUCUCCGAUGUCCUCAGUUCAUAUCUAUAUCCAGACCCCUCAGAUCCUCUAAUCAGUUACUCCUUUCUUCCCUUAUUUUUUUAAUAUAAUGAUAAAAUUGUAUUAAUUUUGUCUUUUACAGUUACUCAUCUAUUUAUUUGUCUUGAUUAUUCAACUGUAUUUUACAUUUGUCUGUAAAGCACUUUGGUCAACAUGUUUUU